GUCAACAGCCGAUGACCAAAUCCUCAACGACCGCCAAGCGCUUCCUAUAGCUCAAGAACGUGACAAUGACGCCGAUACAAAGUUUUGGGCGACGUACGACAAAGUUUCGACGGAAUAUGACGGUGACUUCCUUGAGCGUGCGAAUGGCGAUAUGGGCAUCAUCUUGACUUUUGCUGGUUUAUUCUCAGCCGUCAACUCCACUUUCAUAAUCGGAACGCAGCCUAACCCGGGAGAGACCACCAAUAUCCUCUUGCUCCACCUGAUCCAAAUGACAGCUAACGGCACAAGCGCUGUAAAUGAUAUCAGCAAUCUUUCCUCGUCCACGGGGUAUCCUCCUUCGACUAUCUGGACGCAAACACUCGCCUAUGCCAGUCUCUCAUUUAGCGUUUUGGCCGCGUUUGGGGCUGUGAUGGGAAAGCAAUGGCUCAAUUCGUACAAGGCAGCUCGCGGAAGAGGGUCUCUAGAGGCACGCUGCAUGCAGAGACAGAGGAAACUGGAUGGGCUGGAAUAUUUUCACCUCCAGACGGUCUUGCAGGUGUUCCUUAUCCUCCUCCAGAUCUCCCUGCUCCUCUUCGGUUUGUCACUCAGUGCCAACAUGUGGAUGCAGCAAACGACGAUAUCCAGCGUCAUCAUCUCCACCACAGCACUUGGCAUCCUCAUUUAUGCAAGUACUAUCGUCGUGUCAAUGUUGCGUCCGGACAGUCCUUUCCAGACACCAGGAGCAGAGCUAUUGGGGGCUAUCUGCAAAAAAUUCCUAGCAAUCUGCGUCCAUUUCCUCCCGUACAGGUUGGGCAGGUUGGGCAGAACUUUGACUCCUGAUGGCACAUCCAUUAAAUUGUCUGCCAUCCGCUGGAUACUAGAGACGUCCACGCACCCAGAAGUUGUCGAGGCUGCAGCUGCGAUGGUACCUCUCGUGCAAUGGCCGCGGGACCUUGAUGCUUCUGCAAUCUAUGCACGCUUACGUGAUAACUUCGAGGCGUGUCGUGACAGGGAGGAGGUAUUUGUGAAGUGUGGCAAGGCCAUGGCCCAUCUUUGCAGCCAGUCGCUGAAAAUCCGUCUACGCCUUCGCUGGAGAGACGUUUAUACCCGGGAUUGUUGGGGAGGCAAGAGCCGUUUCAUUCGCGAUGCGUUCGUGGACAGCCACAACGCCUGCAAACAGCUGAUGAAUACACAGAAAGAGGUCGAUGAACAAAAGCAUAGGGCUGACGCACGCACCGCUCUAAGAACAAUGGUUGUCCAUGGGUAUUGCCGUUGGUCUUCACUUCCGGACGAUGAACGCUUGAUUUGGAAUGGUGAUCUGCGGUGGUGUCACAGUAACGGGCUAGCGCCCAAAUAUGAAGAAUUUGACUGGCUUAUCGACUACCUAGCGGACGAAGCAGGCAACAAAGGAGAUGAUGAGACAGAAGGUGAUGCUCUGCUCGCGCUGAGUGCCAUGCGUGGACUAGGAAGCUCUACGAAACGACGCCCCUACAUCACGGCGCUUAUCCGCUGUAUGGGCUCCACCAGACCUCCGCGAGUCCGGCAUGCUGCGCUGAGAGCUGUUUCUGAUGCUCGAGAAGAACUAGCUUCCAUCACACAUGAGUCGAUGCCACCGGGUGUGGAUGCAACACUCCUGGACAAGCUUUCAUGCGCUAUUUUAACUGCCGUACAUCCCAAUCAUGACCAGACAGUCCAUAACAGUCUUUCCGACGCCUCUUUCCACUACAGUCGAGACUGCUGCUACACCCACCUCAUCUUUGUCCUGGCAACGAAUGAUGAGUGGCAUGAACGUCUAGCCCGUGAUGGUCAUCUCGAGCGGUGCACUUCUCUAGUCGAGAAGGCUCUGGAACUCAAGAAUUGGAUUCACGAAUUCUACCUUGCUGGGAUCUUCGCGCGUGUCGAUCCGUCGGACAAGGUUCUCUCUCUCAGCCCUGCCCAGGAGAGGUUGUGGACACUCGUCAGGACAAUAUGGGGCGAGGAAAUGAAAUUCAUCUGGCCUGGCCCUAUCAUGGUAGUACCAGACGUCGUGACAGUGACUAGACAGUAUCUGCGAAGCUGGGGUAACAAUGUUCCGAACGGUGGGCUAGCGGAUCUCGCUCGAGAUGUGCGUAAGGCUUUGGAAUCAUUGCAGAGCGGACAAGAAUUCCUUUUGACUGUCUAUCUAAUCGCUCAGGCUGACUUUGAUGAUGCACUAUCCUCCAUUCAGGGCUUGGACAACGAUCUGCGUCGUAUGAUCGAGAACUCAAGCACUUCGCAGAGGGACGAUGGGUUUUUGGGAUCUUGAAGGAUCUUCAUUGCUCAGCAGCAACUUAGCCAUAUCAUCUACUCAUGGUUUGUAAUUUUACACUGAGAUCGGUAAACUUCUUCCUCAUCUAUAUAGCUUAAUCUGUCUACUAUUUCAUGGAUAUGAACGAUAUUCUUCGACCUACCUGCUGCAUGAACGAAGACUAUCAUAUUCAAGCCAAUGAAUUCAA